CUCUUUUCACUCACUCCCUCAUUUUACUUUCAGUUACUCUGUAUAUUGCUUCGCUAAUUCUCGCUCUGCCUUUUAUGUAACUCUUUCUUUUUUUUCUCGGUCAGUCACUCUCUUUACAACUUACUCCUUUCACCUCGUUUCUCUCUUCUUCUCUCUCCCUCUUCUCCCCCUUUCUCUAUAUUUUUACUAUUAUGGGUUGGCUUUCUUUUCGCCAUAUUGCAAAACACGCUAUUUAUUCCCUCAUGAUGAUGGGGUCUGUCGUGUGCUUUGCACCGAUUUCUGCGGAAACCUAAUUCGAUUUCUCAAAUUAUAAAGUAACGAACCAAAAAAAAAAAAAAAAAACAACAUCGAUAUAUAAGCGUUUGAAGGAGAAAAAAUAAGAUACAUCGACAAAAGGAAUUCUAACUCUGACGAAAUAAUUAGGAUAAACAAACCCCCCUCGUUUUUUUCUCUUCAUUAUGGAAGCCGUGAGGGCGUUCAACAAUGAGUUAUCUGGUCUUUAUGAAGCUAAGCCGCCCGUGUCUAGGGCAAAAAUGGCCCAGCUGACUAAAUGUGCCAUUAAAGCCAUCAAGUUUUAUAAACAUGUUGUACAAAGUGUUGAGAAAUUCAUUCAAAAGUGUAAAUCCGAAUACAAAGUUCCAGGAUUAUAUGUGAUCGACUCCAUUGUGCGGCAGUCUCGACACCAGUUUGGUGCUGAGAAAGAUGUAUUUGCACCUAGAUUUACCAAAAAUGUAGUGCUGACAUUUCAAAAUCUCUUCAAAUGUCCUCCUGAUGAAAAGAGCAAAGUUGUUCGUGUAUUGAAUUUGUGGCAGAAAAAUGCUGUUUUCCCUGUUGAGGUCAUUCAGCCCUUGUUGGAUCUAGCUGGGGAACCUACCAAUCCAGAGUUAAUAGCUUCAGCUCAGCGAGCAGUUGAUGGCCUUGUGGCUGUAAGUCAAAAGUCUGGAAAUGCUACCAACCAGUUUUCUGGAGAACACCAUUUACAUGAAGCUGCUGGUCAGGCUCGGCAUGAGAAGGAGUUACCAUCAGCAAGUUCUCUUCUGGAAGCGCAGAAUGACAUGCUAGACACCGUGAAGCAAUUACUUCAGCAAACACAAAAGCAGCCAACAAGUCUGAGCGCUCAGCAGCAACAGCUUCAACAACUGCAACUCCUCCAACAGCAGUUACUACAGCAGACCGAGCUGAUGCAGCAGCCGGCCCAACAGCAGCAGGCAGCAGCAAUUAUUGAUAGUAACCUUUUGUCACAGAUCCAGACUUUGACAAAUCAGUUGCUCAACAAUCAAAUCAAGACUUUACACUCUAAACCUCCUGACUAUUCAAACAAGCAACAGAAAGAGUGGUUUCUUCAUAAUACUUUUGUAUGGAAUGUGUUAUUGAAGUUGCUGGACUUUGAUUAUGGGGAAAGUGAUGAUGAGGAAGACAAGCAUGAAGAUAACUCUGAUGGCAUCCCUGGGAAUGUCCAGAAUAUUUUGAAUGAUCCAACAAUUAUGCAGCAGAUCCACCAAAUGUCUCAAACCAUCAAGAAGACGGAACAACUAAAGAAUGAACUCAACAUGCAGGAACAGAUACGGCAGCAGCUUUUGAAGCAGCAGGAGAAAGAGUUUAAUCAACAGAUAAGUCAAGAGCCACCUCCACAAAUUCAACAUCAUAUCCCUGUGGCACCGCAGAUGCCGCCUCAGCCACCCCCGCCGUCGCAAAUAAUCCAAAACCAACCCCCUCCAAUGCAUCCACAAAUGCCUUACUAUGUUUCUGAACCUCCAUAUCCAGCACCAUCAAAUCAGAAUGAUCUCUCAGAGCGUAUGGAAUUGGACAACCGACAUGACCGUCACUAUGGCGACGUGCCUAAUGCCGAGGUGAUAGUUAUUGAUGAUCAGCCUGAUAUCCAUAAAACCUCUCGCAACAGGGAUCGAUCAAGGUCCAGAUCACCUCGACGCAAGAAGAGAUCUAGGUCAAGAUCUCGGGAGAGGCGGAGACGAUCUCGUUCUCGAGAUCGUGACCGAGACAGGGAUCGAAGUGACAGAGAAAGAGACAGAGACCGGCGCAAGCGAUCAAGAUCACGGGAAAGAGAAAGGGAGCGCCAGCGAGAAAAAGAACGGGAACGCAGAAGAAAGGGGCUUCCAUCCAUUAAAGAGAGACACCUUAGUGUGUGUACAAGAACUAUAUGGCUGGGUCAUAUAGCCAAAGUUACUUCUGAAGAUGAACUGCGACUAGAAAUUGAAAAGUAUGGUGCUGUGGAAAGCAUAAAUAUGAUUCCUCCCCGAGGAUGUGCUUUUGUAUGUAUGGCAAGGAGAAAAGAUGCUCCUAAAGCUGUGGAAAAAUUGAAGGGAGUGAAAAUACAUUCGAACCAGUUAAAAGUUGCCUGGGCUCCUGGAAUAGGUGUAAAGGAUGCAGAAUACAAAGAUAUGUGGGAUGCUGAAUUGGGUGUAACUUACAUUCCUUGGGAGAAAUUGCCACAAGAUUUGACUCACCUAAUGGAAGGUGGCAUGAUAGAUGAAGACACUAUUCCUGAACACCUCAAAGCUGGUUUGCAACUUGAGAAAACAGAACCAACUGGAACAAACAACAUAGAAGAACCUCAACAGAAUUUUAAGAUGAAUGAAGUGAAUAUAACAAACCCUCCAAUAGCAGUCCCUCCUCCAACAGCAAUACCUCCACAACAGCCUCCACUGCAAGGGCAACCUAUGCCAAGAAUGUUAAUGCAAAUUCCACCUCCAACUGGCAUGAUGCCUCCGAUGAUGAUGCCACUUGCUCCAGGAAUGCCUCGCCCACCAACCACAGGUGUACCUCCGCCUCCAUUAGGAAUGGCACCAGCAUCGACAGCCUCAGCAGUUCUUGCUCCUCGACCUGUACCUCCAGUUCCAACUGCUGCUGGAGUGUCUAUAUCUUUGCCAACGAUGGCUCCAACUGUUGUAUUGACUACAGUGGCAUCAAACAAUCCUGCCAUGCCUUCUCUACCGCCACCAGGUUUAGUGCAGCUUCCACAGACUCUUCAGAAUAACUUGAGCAGUUCCAUUCUUGCUACAGGUGGCAUAUCAGUUCCUCCUAGACCACCCCCACCUAAUUUCGCAGCGCAACUUCGACAACAGCCUAGGCCAUUCCCACCUCAGCCUUUUCCCGGAGGUCCAACGUUUCGCUUGCAAGUUCCAACACCUACUCCGGAGGGUGCUAGGGCUAUUGCUAAUAUUAGACCUCCCCUUGACACAAAUGCUACUUUGCCUGCUCAAGAAUCCAAAGAAAAUAUUAAUGAAUCUAGUCAGCAGGAUGAUUGGCUGAAGCGGAGCACAGAAGCAACCAGUGAUGAUGCGGAGACCGAAACGAAACACGAAGGUAUCACCCCUCAGACUAUUGAACCAACUUCCGAAGUGUUACCAACACCCACAGGAACAAUGCCAGCUAUAUCUGCAACAUUACAACAAAUGCUUGCCCAGCGUCCACCUCCAAAUCCAGCAGUAGGGAUGCGCCCCCCUCUGCCACCUGGAAUGGCACCACGCCCCGGUAUCAAUGGCCCACCUACUGAACUUCGUCUCGGUGGACCAAGCGGACCUCUUCUAACAGGCCCACCUAACCGAGCCACUGCUAUCGGUAUACCAGGUAUGCCUGCUGGCAUUGCCAUUGGUCCUCGGGCCAUAAGUGUAGAUGGCCCUCCGCCAGGCUUUCCAGCCGGUCGGAUGGGCUUGCCUGGAGGACCACGAUUUACUCCCCGGUUUCCUCCUGUAUUUCCAGGGGGACCACCUCCCAGAUUCCAGGGUCCUAUGGGAACUAUGCUACGACCACCACGUCCAGAUGCAGACGGCAGGUUUCCUGCCAACACAUUUACUAAUAAUGGUACGUUUGACAGAGCUGGUUUCGAACGUGCCAUACGUCCAUUUGGUCCUAUUGGUCCUAGACCUGACCGGCCGGCUAAUGAUAGGUGGAUGGGGAGAGAUAGAUGGGCACCCAGAGACACUGGUCCUGGGAUGCGGUUCCGAAGGGAUUUUGACCAGAGGGAUGAGUUCUUUGACCGAUCUCGCUAUGUUCUUGAUAACAGAGAUCCUGAUCGCAAUGCAGGGGGGAGACGAAUGUCCAGGUUUGAUGGGGAGGAAGAUCACGAAGGUGAGCGUCCUCCUCACCAUUACGAGGACGAUCGCUCUCUACACGAAGACGAACAUGCUCGUCAUGGCGACGACAGAGAUCGCUCAAGACGAGACGAUGAGAGGGAUCGGUUGCGACACGUGGACGAACGUGACCGGCUCAGGCGUCCCGAUGAGAGGGAGCGAACCCGGCACGAAGACGAUAGAAAUAGGUUACGUUACGAAGUUAGAGAUCGAUUUAGGUUUGGUGAUAACGGAAGAGAAGGUGCAGAAGGAAUUCGACCGAGGAACCGUGAAGAUCGUCCCAGAAAGUCCCGCUGGAGCGACGUUGAUGAUAAGGCUGUGGAGACUCCUUCAAUGGAGGCUCCUUCGUUAGAAACUAUUAAGGCAUUUGACACAAUUCCUGAAAAUGCUAAUGCAUUGCCAGACACUAAUGCUGAGGAGUCGGUUGCCAUGGAGAUUUCUAAUGCUCCGGGUAAUGUUACUCCAACCUGUGAGGAAUUGGAAGAUGCUGUAAACAGCAGCCAACCAGAGAACUAUACAGCAAGCGAGGACUUCAUUCCUACAGAGGAAUUCUCUCUCACAGAAAAAUACCAUUCGGCUGAAGAACAAACACCUGACGACCAGCAGCCGCCGCCAAUGUCUGGCUCACCCCCCGAAGAACCCCCGGUUGACAGUUUCAUCCCCACUGAUAGCUGUCCCCCUGCAGAGGAUUUUACUCCGAUGGAGUCUGAUGCACCUGUGGAAAAUUUUGAAGCUCCAACCCCUGAGAAUUUUCUUCUGCAGCACGGGGAUGAUGAUGAUGUUAACGAUGAUGACAACAACAACAACAAUUACUUUAAUGAUGAUGGUGUUGAUGACAACAACAACAACAAUAAUAACAACAACAACAACAAUGAUAAUGAUGAUAUUAAUAACAUCAAUGAUGAUGAUAAUGAUAUUGAUAUUAGUAAUAACAUUGCUUUGCUGUCUGAAAAUGAAACUCCUAGCUUCGCUGAAAGCUCCUCUCCUCCUCCUGUCCCAGAGGAGGAAUUCUCUUCAACAGAAAAUUUUAUCCCCGCUCACACGGAGGAAUUUACCCCUAUGAAAAACUGCUCUCCAGAGGAGCCUAUGAACGAGGCAGAUGAGUUCCCUCCGGCGGAGGACGAGGUUUCAGAAAUGAUUAAGGCAGAGGAACCCGAAUAUCCGACCGGUGAGGAAUCACCGUUACAGAGUGAAGAACAGACAACAGCUUGUGAUGAAAAUGAUGAAUAAUGAUAAUAAUAAUAAUAAUAAUAAUUAUAAUAUAAUAUAAUAAUAAUGAUCAUCACCAUCAUCACCACCAUCACCACCAUCAUCAUCUACAAUAAGAAUAAUUUCUACCACCACCACUACUACUAUUGCACUUAGUUUACUCUUUCCUCAUCUCUCAACCCUCUCUCUCUCUCACUCACGCAAACACUCUCACAAUCUCUCUUUCUUUCUAUUGACUCUCUUUCUCUCUCUCUCUCUCUCUCUCUCUCUCUUAAACAUUCUCUUCAGUGUGCAUGCAUGCAUGCAUGCAUGUAUGCGUGUGAGGUGUCUGAGUUACAUAUGCAGCUAUGUCUGUGUGUGUGUGUGUGUGUGUGUGUGUGUGUGU